GGAGUAGAAUACCCUGUGACAGAAAGAAACCCAAUAUCUCUAGCUGAGACACGGGAAGUGUGAUGUCAUAAAAAAGGAAGUACAUACUGAAACAUGCAAAAAGGAAGAUGAAUAACCCAGAUAUUCAGAACUGAGUUAACUGCUGGUUGAGUGAUGCCAUAUAAUUCAGUUUUAUUUGUCUGAUUUUUUAUUCACCUUGCACUAUCUAUGUGAUCAUUUGCAUUAUGAACGCAAUUUUGCAAAACCUAAUAUGCGCAAAGGAGUAUAUAUAGAUCAUUAAUUGCAGUAAAAACAUCCAGAUCUAAGGGAUGUUUUGGAGGCCGUCGGUUCAGACGUGAAACGCUGCUGAGUUGAUGGCCUUUUUGAGGGUGCGCUGACCGUGUCUCAAUGCGAAACGCACGCGCUGCUAUCCGGCAAGGAAACGAGGAAGUAGGUGAGUCGAGAGUCUCUCCACCACCUGCGCGAGAAACAUGGCCACCAGGACAAGAAGCCUGGAGCCCCUGACCACGCUCUCACGUUGGUACCUGUACGCCAUCCACGGCUAUUUCUGUGAGGUCAUGUUCACGGCAGCCUGGGAGUUUGUAGUGCACUGGAACUGGAAGUUCCCUGGUGUGACCAGUGUGUGGGCACUCUUCAUCUACGGCACAUGUAUCCUAACUGUAGAGCGCAUGUAUUUGCGGCUGCGAGGCUGCUGCCCGGUGCUCUUGCGGUGUGUCAUCUACACGCUCUGGACAUACCUGUGGGAGUUCGGGACAGGGUUUCUGCUGCGCCAGUUCAAUGCCUGUCCCUGGGACUACUCUCAGUUCCGGUACAAUUUCAUGGGCUUGGUCACAGCUGAGUAUGCCCUGCCCUGGUUCUGUGCCUCCUUCAUUAUGGAGCGGCUGGUCAUCCGGAACACGUUAAGGCUGCGUUUCGAUAAAAUUGCAGAGCCAGAUCCUUUCAGCACUGCCCCCUACAGGAUGGGAGGACCAACUACCAAUAGUUAUUUUAAAGUGGACUGAGGACAGUUUCGGAUACAUUUCACCACUGACAUUAUAGCUCUUGUAUGUUAACUGGAAAGACUCUGAAAACUGAAGUCCGAGGGAUGUUUUCAAUUGGACCUCAGCUCCUGUAUGUUUUAGGGCAAGCAGACAGGCCAGUCUUAAGAGGCUGUCUGGACUGUUCUGUAGAGGAAAAGGGAAUCCUUUUAGAAAAAUAGCCGCUCAAUAUGACAGCGUGGGAGAAUUCCUCCUAUAGAUGGACUUUUUGGACAGAGGAAUGAAAGUGGUACAACUGUACAAUUGAUGAAUUAUUUUAUUUUCAUAGUCAAUAGAAGACCUUAUUUAUGAAAUUCAUUAACAUCAGCUACAUAGGAGGGUGGUGUGUGGUUCAGUGGAUUAGGAUGAGCCUGCAAUCAGAAGGUCAUCGGUACAAAUCCCAGCGUCAUCAGAGUGGUUACACCAUUGGGCCCUUGUCCGCCCAGAGUAGGAUGGGGUCCCCUUCCGAGUCUAGGUUCCUCUCAAGGUUUCUUCCUGCUAGAGGGAGUUUUUCCUUGCCACUGUCGCCUCAGGUUUGCUUGGUGGGUUCGGGCCGGUUAUAUGUAAAGUGCUUUGUGACAAUGACUGUUGUUAAAAGCGCUAUAUAAAUAAAAUUGAAUUGAACUGAACUGAACAAGGCUCCUAACUCUCAGUUAGUCCAGGGAUGGUCUGCCCCUGCUUCCUCAAAAAAAUUGGAUAAAAGUAUCUGCUAAAUAAGUAAAAUGUAUUAUUUAUUCCUUUAUUUUGAAGUUUUUUUUACAUGUUUUUUCUAAUCCUGUGUAAACAAUACUUUAACCAGAAAAUUUGCCUUAUUUCCUUAAAAAAUUAACCGACUCCCAAUUAAUAAAUUGGGAAAAUACAUGUAUCUCAGGAAUAAUCAAAAUAAAACUUUUUUCUUGCAAUGACUUGUAUAUUAAAAUCUGACUUAAAAUCUGAACCCUUUCAAUCAGACUGAAGUGUAUUUAUUGAUUUAAUCAGCACUGAAAUGUUUUAAUGUAGCCUGCUGUAGCAGGCAAAAAACCUAACUGAAUCAUGUUCGUUGUGUAUUAUUAGCAUCUAUAUCGUCCCCUUGUAAAUAAGGAGACUCUUUAGUUACUCAGGGUGCCUAUUACGGAGGUUUAUAUAACUGUUUAUCUUAUACAUUGUACGGUUGUACUUGGGCUUACUUUACACUUCUCUUAAUUGUCUCAGCACCGCUACUGUAAUUUCAGGAAGAAGCAAUGUGAGGUCUUGUCCACACUUACACGGGUAUUUUUAAAAACUGUGUUAUUAAAAUAAAAUCUCCGUCCACACGAAACCCCGCUGCCAAGAGCAUGCCAAAACAACUCUUGGACAUAACUUUGGAUAGCACGUCUCAAUAGGUACACCGGUCUACACUUCGAUACUGAAAACGGAGUUUCUGAAAAUCUUCACUGCGGAGGGUGUUUUACAAAAGCUCUGUUUUCAGGGACGUUUAACACCGUUUGCGUGUGCACGAAAGGCCAAAACGCAUAUAAAAAAACUACGUUUUUAAAAAUGUCCGUGGACGUGUGGACAAGGCCUGAGAGAACUUCUGAAAUGCCUGACUAGGCUUUCGUUGUAUUUUGUUUGUUUUUUUAUGGUGUUGAAAUUCUCUGGUGCAUAAUAAAUCAGUCGCUGUCCCCUGUGUA